GAAGGAGGUGUUGUUGUUGUUGUUGGUGGAGUUCUCUUAGCUGUCUCAGAGUUGUUAUUGCGCAUAGUCAGUCCCUCCUCCCUCCUCUGCCUCUUUAUCUCAAACUCAUUAAUCAUUCAACCGCCAAAUUAGUCUUCUUCUUCUUCUUCUCCUUCUCUCUCUCCAAUCGAUUUUUGAAUUUUCCCGUUUCUGCAAUUUGGGGAUUCUCGGAUUUUCACAACCUUGCGAGCGAGAAAUGUCGAGGAAUUGAGGAAAGAAGCAACAGCAAAGGGUGUUAAUUCUAUCUUGCGGCGGAGAUGAGCGCUUCAAGGUUCAUAAAGUGUGUGACCGUCGGAGAUGGUGCCGUCGGUAAAACCUGCAUGCUCAUUUCUUAUACUAGCAACACUUUCCCUACAGAUUAUGUUCCAACUGUUUUCGAUAACUUCAGUGCUAAUGUGGUUGUUGAUGGGAACACUGUCAAUCUUGGAUUGUGGGAUACAGCCGGUCAAGAAGACUACAACAGGUUACGACCUCUGAGUUACCGUGGUGCUGAUGUUUUCAUUCUUGCUUUCUCUCUGAUCAGCAAGGCUAGCUAUGAGAAUAUUGCCAAGAAGUGGAUUCCUGAGCUCAGGCAUUAUGCUCCCGGUGUUCCCAUUAUCCUUGUUGGAACAAAACUCGACCUUCGAGAUGACAAGCAAUUUUUCAUAGAUCAUCCUGGUGCAGUGCCAAUUACUACAAAUCAGGGAGAGGAACUGAAGAAACUGAUUGGAUCUGCGGUCUACAUUGAAUGUAGUUCAAAAACACAGCAGAAUGUGAAGGCAGUGUUUGAUGCAGCCAUAAAAGUGGUGCUUCAGCCACCAAAGCAGAAAAAGAAGAAAAAGAACAAGAACAGAUGCGCGUUCUUGUGAUGAUGAAAAAUCACUAAGACUAGGUAAACAAGAAGGAAGAAGAAGAAGAUUUCAACUAUUUGAUUCGUCCCCAUUUUAAUAUGAUAGUUUCGACAUGAAGGGAGACAUUUCGGGUAGCUUUUUGUAUAGUUGCUAAAACGAGCUGUGUUGUUGUGUCUUUUACUCCUUGCUGGUGAAUCAUUUGAGUUCACCGAGGAAGAAAUGGUGUGUUCCACUCUUGCUAUGUAGACUAAUCUCUCUCUCUUCUCUUUUGUUCUUGAUGGGGAUCAUUUUGUAUUAACAUAUGAAUCUAAUUACUAUUGCCUUUUGUUUUCUA